CUAAAGUCCCCAAAGGUCUCCAACUGAUUCAUAAGAUCUCCAGACUGUUGCAGAUUAACCCAAUCAGCGCAUAACUUAGAGGAUCGACCGAUCCCAAGAGGAAAUCACAGAUGAAGGCGUGGCACCGACUCCUGCUGACCCUCCUUUUGUGGGUGGAGUUAGAAGGAGCCGUUGUCAUGGCAAACUGUAUCGUCACUGAUCCUGAGUAUGGCGAUACGGGGCGCUGUGUGUGUCCUGCAAAUGUCCUGCAGAAGCCAUUACAGAUGAUGAUGUGUAUGCAGAUGAGUGAGCUGGAGCUGCAGGAUGGUGUGUUGCAGCUGGACAGUAAAUAUCUGUCCUUCCAAGGCUCUGAUGAAAUCGGGGCCUUAGCUUUACUUCCUUUGGAGCGCAUCCUUCUCACGCGAGUUCGUAUCCCGGGGGUGUUCCUGUCUACACUGCUUAACACACUGCCGAGGACCGAAGUCCAUCAGUUUGACCUCACAGACACCACUUUGGAGGCCCUUCCACAUCCUCCCAACCCCACGGAGCCAUGCCCCGUCACCUCCCUCAGAAUGGAUAGAGUGACCUUUGACCCUUCUCUACUCCGUCCACCGAUGCACCCGCUGAACGCCUGGCUGCUGUCUUCGCUCACCCACCUGACGUUGCGUGCUGUGCCAGGGGGGCUGUCGCUAGGCAACGAAGCAUGCGCUACCAUAGCGAUGCUGGCGAACGUGACCGAGCUGGACCUGUCAGAGAACAGCCUGACCGACGAAAGCCUGGUCGAUUUGUCCCGCUGCCUCUCGUCCUCCGUCCCCCCCGUCAGCUCUCUCGGCCUCUCCGUCCUUCGCUUGGGUCAGAACCAGGUGCGCUCCCUGGAGGGUCUCUGCCCUCUCCUGCGAGCGUCCCCCAACCUGACCGAGCUCGAUCUGAGUCAGAACUCCCUGGACGGUUCUGCUUUUGGCUCCGCUUGUCUCAAUUCCACUGGGCAACUGAAGACUCUCAAUUUGUCGUCCACGGGCAUCCAGACAGCAGUCGGGCUCGUGCCAGCGGGCGUGGAGGUGCUCGAUCUGAGCGGAAACCGGCUGAGGGAGUUCCGGAACCCGCCGGAAGGACUCAGGGAGCUCUAUCUCUCUAACAACCACCUCAGUCUGCUCCCGGAUCUGACCGGGGCCUCUCAGCUGCAGUUGCUCUCUCUGGACGGGAACCGACUCACCGACCUGUCCGGCGAAACCUCUUUCCGGCUGGUCCUGGACCGUCUUUUGGAGCUGAGAGUUGGCCGGAACCCUUUCACCUGUGGCUGUGAGGUCAUAAAGAGCGUGGAACUUCUUAGGGGAAACCGUAACAAGGUGUUGGACUGGCCUGAUGAUUUUCUUUGCACACCGCUGGCAAGCAACAGCACCACCCUCAGGCUGGAGGACCUUGACCUCACUAACUGUGACCAGGCCGUGGAUGAAACUUCUUCUUCUGGCAUGAAAAUGAAUGUGAAUGUGGCUUUAUGUAUGUCAGUUGUUGUUGUAGCUGUUACAGCAAUAUUAGAGUGAUAUUUUCAGCUCAGCUUUACCUAGUAAUAACUGAAAUAAAUUCAAAUAAGUUUUAGUCUCUUUACAUCAAACAAAUUAUUACUGAACGAUUGUAUGGGGAAACUGAAUGCACACUAAUGAAA